AUGUUGGGACUCAACAGAAUCUAUAUCAUUAUGAAUAUGGCCUUGGACAUAUAGAGAACGUAAAAAACAGCCCACUUUAUUUCACUUCCCGCCAAAUUGGAAUAUAUAGUGCGUCAAAAUUCUAAAGAGGGUUUAAAACUUCAUUGUGAUGUAGAAAUCAUUUUGUUGCCGCAACUAUUAGUAUUUCAUACAUAAAAAAGCUUAUCUGAAUAAGCGAAGUAAAAAGCGAAACAGUCAUGGCUAAAUAUCUCAUACUCGGCUUAGUUCUAAGCAUGUUCCUCCUUAGCUCUGCAGAAGUAAAUGAUAGACGCUUAGAAGUAGAACGAAAUAUACUCUCUACCAUUUUUGAAAAGUAUGAUCGUCGUAUUCGACCUGCUGGAUUGAAUAACACCGGUCCUGUAGUUGUAGUGGUAGAUACUUAUGUGAGGAGCAUAAACAAUAUAGAUGAUGUUAAUAUGGUAUAUGAUACACAGUUAACAUUUAGACAGACCUGGCAUGAUGAUAGGUUAAAGUACAAUAAUAGAAAUUUCAACUAUGUGACACUUACCGACCCAGAAAUGCUUUGGACUCCAGAUCUAUUUUUCUCGAAUGAAAAAUCUGGUCAUUUUCAUAACAUGCUUAAGCCAAAUGUUCUAAUACGAAUUCAUCCAGACGGAAAGAUUCUUUAUAGUUUAAGAAUAUCUUUGAGGCUUUCUUGUCCGAUGAGUUUGGACAGAUACCCUUUGGAUAACCAAGUUUGUUCCAUGGUAGCAGCAAGCUAUGGAUAUACGACUGAUGAUAUUGAAUUUGUCUGGAAAAGCAUCAACCCUGUUCAAGUGUCAAAAAAUUUAUUUUUACCACAGUUCCAACUGAAAUCUUAUACCCAAGACUAUUGUACUAGUACAACAAACACUGGCACAUAUAGUUGCAUAAAAAUAGACUUGGUUCUGUCUAGAAACUCCUUCUAUUAUAUGAUCCAAUUCUAUAUGCCGACUGCAUGUAUGGUUCUACUUUCUUGGUUGGUUUUCUGGUUAAAUCCGAAGUACACAACCAUUCGAUUUGGAAUAAUACUGGGAGUUCUAAUAUCUUCGAUAAUAAUCACUACUUCAAUUCAUAGUCGUACCCCACAAGUAUCAUAUACAAAAGCAAGCGAUGUUUGGAUUGGAGUGUGCGUCUGUUUCAUCUUCAGUGUUAUACUGGAACUUUGUCUAGUUGUCAAUUUCUUAAGCAAGGAAGAGUAUUCGCGUUUGCAAAACCAAUUAACCGCAGAUGAAUUACUUGGAGAUAAUUCUAUUCGAAUUGAUGACGUCGGGAAAGCCAGUCAAGUUCGAAAUAUCCAGUCAGCACCAUUGAAAUGGCUGAACAAGUACUCAUCUACUGCACAACGUAUAGAUGUAUUUUCGAGAUUCCUUUUUCCAGCAUUAUUUGCAUUCUUCAAUUUAGUUUAUUGGCUGAAAUAUGCAGCCUGAUAAAAAAACUUAUUCAAACAUGUCAUUAAAUCGGUGAUUGUUAUUUGCAAAAGAUUUUUUUCAACAAAAAUAUGUUCCAUUUAUAUGCAUCAAUUAAUAUGUAUAUUGUUAUAUCAUGUACCUUACGUUUGUAUUGCAUGUAUAUUUUGCAUUGCGCACUUUUUCAGAAUAAGUAAUGUUUGCAACACAAAUUUGUAUGAAAUAAAGAAAAAAUAUAUGUUCACUUUA